AUGGAUCCGGCACCUCGAGUUUUGGCAGAUGACGCGCAGCGCUUGGUGCCAAGUUUCCCUGCUGGCGACAGCAUCUUCGCUCGGAAUGCUCUACUUGGCACGCUGCGAGAUGGGGCCAGAUUCAGAUGGCCAGAAGCUCUUUUGGUGGCCCGAGGGCUCGCGGCUGAUCGCUUGCAGCCAACAGUGGUAACGUUCGGCACCGCCGCGACGGCAUGUGAGAGGGGCCAGCAGUGGCACUGGGCACUGACUUUGUUCGAGGCCGUGGCAGGGGCCCGCUUGCAAGCUGAUGCUUUGACUUACGGUGGGGCGAUCGCGGCGCAUAGAGCGCAGUUGCACUGGGGCGAGGCCUUGUCGGUGAUGUCUCAGAUGGAUAGGAACCAGGUGAAGCGGAACCUCUUCACCUAUACGGGCGCCCUCAGUGUGAUCGAACGAGCUGAAGGCUCUGCAAGCGGCGCUGCAAGUAGCUCUGCAGCCUCGGAACUCUGGCAGAGGGCGGUGUCCGUCUUUUCGAAGGCAUGUUUGGAGCGAGUCGAUGCAGAGGCUACAUACGGGACAGUCCUCGGCUCCUGCCGAAAAGCCGGGCAGUGGCAGAAAGCGCUUGGAUGUCUCAAUGCAGGUCUGAGGCAGUUGAGGCUUGGGGCGACCUGCUACAAUCUGGCUCUUGGGUGCUGCGCCGACCUGAAGCAGUGGCAGGCCGCUUUGUCAGUUUUGGCGCUGAUGCAGUCGAAUGGUGUGGAGCCUACGGUCGUUUCCUUCACUGCAGCUGUGGGCGCUUGCAGCGAGUGGAAGCAGGCCAUGGGUUUGAUGGCGGAGGCUUUGAGAUGCCGCCUGGAGCCAGAUGAGCGUCUGUACAAGGCUUUGGUCUGGGCCUGCCGUGAGGAUUUUGGGGUGCAGCAGCUGCUUCUCAAGGAGGCUGCGGCCAAGGGCUUGGCCCUGGCUGCUGAGGAAAGCGAAAUGCCAGAGAAGAUUCAAGAGCCGCAGUUGGCCGGAGAGGCCCAGUACACGGCCGUGCUGCGCUCCCUCCAGGGUGCUGGAGACUGGCAGCAGGCACUGGUUCUUCUUUCGGCGGUCGCAGCGAAAGGCACCCAGCUGGACCUUGCCUUCUACUCCACGCUGCUCCGGGUUUGCCGAAAAGGAGCCGCUUGGAGCGCUGCUCUUCGGCUGUUAGAGGAAGCCAGGGCGGCCUUCGCUGCCCAAGGGCAGGCUCCAGACAUCGGGAUGCACCUCUCGGCUUUCUAUGCCUGCGCUGCCUGCAAAGAGGGUCGCUCCACACUCGCUUUGUUCAAGACGAUGCAGGGCGCAGGCUUUUCGCCACCGCGCGAAGCUUUCGAGGCAGGACUCGCAGCCGCGGCCGUGACCGAUUGGGCGGAUGCUCUCGAGUUAUUUUUGGAGGGCCUGCGGAAGUCCGUGCCACUGAAGCCGGAAGCAGGCGAGGCCGUGAUGGAGCUCCUUGCGCGGGAAGCGAAAUGGGACGCAGCUGUGCAGCUACUGGCCGCGAUCGACAGGGCGAGCUCUUUCCAACGCACGGAGCAGCUCCUCACUGCUGCCAUGUCAGCCUGCCGGAAGCGCCGAAAGUGGUGGCUUGUCCUAGGCCUCCUCACGCAGGCCCGGGAGAGCCGGAGCCUCACGGUUGACCUUGGGAUGUACAACCAUGCCUUGGGUGCAUGCUCACGCAGUCAGGUCUGGCAGCAAGCCUUGGCCGUCUGGGCCCAGAUGGAGCUUUUGGACCUGCCGGACCAAAGGAGCUACGCCUUGCUCAUCGACGCAUGCCGACGCCGAGGUGGAGCCAAGCACCUGGUGCCGGGUUUCGUCAAGAAGGCCGAAAGCAAAGGCUGUCGACUGAGCAGGGAUGCCUACUGCGAAGCUGUUCGCACGCAGCAAAGAGCUUCGCAGUGGCAGCAGAUGGUCCUCCUGCUUUCUAGCAUGGAAGCAAUGCAAGUGGUGCCGGAUGCCGGGAUCUGCGAGAUUGCGCUGCGGCCUUUUGGGAAAGUAGCUUUCCGCGCGUGGGAGUAUGGUGUCGCCUUGCUUCGGCGGGCCGAGCAGCGGGACUUGCAUCUCGACGGAGCCGCCUACAUGCACCUGGUUCGCGCUUGCAAGAAAUGCCAGAUCUGGUCGCAAGCAAGCCUGCUGCUGAUUUCGAAAGCUCGGACCUCGGCGACCUGGGAGGAAGCCGUCGAGACCCUCGCCACAGCCGCGACCUUCGCUCUGGCCACGGAGGAUGGAAGUCUCACCUCGACCUGGCGCUGUGGUCUCUGGGCCUUGCAGCUCUUGCCCGGGCCGGCGGGACCCGCCGGGCAGCCAGGGCCUCUCUGCGAAGCCGCCCUCCGGAUCUGUGCGGCUGCCGGUGAGUGGCAGCAGGCUGUGGCCGCUUUCGCGUGGAUAGAUGAGCCCAUGCGCUUUGGAGCUCCUGGGCUCAUGUCGGACGACGGUGAUCACCCCAAUUGCCGUUUAACCGAUUGCAAGUACUGCUGA